AUGUCCGGAGCGUCCGUCCACGCGUCCGCGUCCGGUCCAAAGUCCACGCGCGAGGCGACCAAACUGUUGGGUCUCACCGGCUCAGUCGGCAUGGGAAAGUCCACCGUCGCUUCGAUGUUUCGCGAGCUUGGGAUCGCGGUCAUGGACGCCGAUGCGACCGUACACGAGCUGUAUGCCCCGAACGGCGCCGCCGUCGCCGUCGUUCGCGAGAUGUUUGGCGAUCAAGUCGUCGAUGCGAGCGGUGGGGUCGAUAGACGGGCUUUAGGGGAGAUUGUUAUCGGCGACGCGGAGAAGAUGGCGGCGCUCGAGCGCGCGGUGCACCCGCUCGUGGAUCGAGCGAGGGAAGAUUUCGUGGCGAGCAGAGAAGGGGACGUCGCGAUCGUGUUUGAUAUUCCAUUGUUAUACGAGAAGGGGUACGAGACGACGAUGGACGCGGUGUGUGUCGUGAGCACGGGAUGCGAGAAGACGCAACGCGCGCGCGUGCUCGGGCGAGACGGGAUGACGCCAGAGAAAUUUGAGGGGAUUUUGGCGAGGCAGAUGCCGGAUGCGGAGAAGCGGGCGCGAGCAGAUUACGUCAUCGAUACCUCCCUAUCGCUCGAGGAGACGCGAGCGCGGGUGGAGGAGGUUUUGCGAGCAGUCGUGGAGAGACGUUGA